AUGUCGAUGGUUAAUAGAUCGGAAGCACAUGAUACAGCUCCGCUUGAUUUGAAUCAGGUUACAGUUUUGUUAAAUUCGCCACAAAAUCAUCCGCUCCGCAUGGACGUGAGUCACCCCUCGCUAGCCGAGCAAGCCGCUGAUAGGCAAAUUUUCUGCCCAAGAAACUCGUGCUCCCUCUCAACUAUGGAAGCACGUCCACCCUUUGGACGUGCAGCUAAAACUGACAUGACUAAUCUUUCGAUGCACUCACUGAGCUGUGUGGUGAAAUCGAUUGUUAGAUGGACCCCAAUCGGAUCGUUGCUCAAGAGAGGAUGGUAG